AUUAUUAUUCUUAUUAUUUAUAUUUAUAUUUAUAUUUAUAUUAUUUUGGGUGGUUCAGAGAGAAGAGACGAUGGACGAUGAUGCCCUAGCGAGAGUCGCUGGAAAGCGGCGGAGAGAGGAGGCAUCAUCAGAGAGCGGAAGGAUGAUCCCCCCGACAAUGUUGUCUAUUAGACUAUUACGGCAUCCUCCCGCGGCUGUCCUUCAAGACGCUCUCAAGAUUUACCGGCGUCUGCAAGGACUACUGGCACGCCUUCAUCGCAGGGAAGUCGUGCGAGCCCUCGUCGACGCCGUCGUCGUCGUCCUUGGCCUUGGCCUUUGCAAGCGAGCAGUCGCGCCACCCGUCUGCGGCCUCCGUCGCUUUCGUCACGCUCUCCGCUUCCGGCGGGCUCCAGUUCCUCCCCCUGCUGCCCCCGUUGUCGUCCCCGACCCGUCCCUCUCCUUCAUCCCCUUACUGCAGCAAUGUAGGCGUAAAAGGAUCGCCGCCUCCACCGGCGGCCUUCUCUGCCUCCACCUCACGCGCGCGGCAACGAGGACCUCCUCUACUACGUCGUCAACCCCGCUACGAAGCAGGGCCAGCUCGUUCCCCACAGCGGGAACCGCUGCUACUCGGUCGGGCUGGCCUUCGACCUCUCCAACUCGCCGGACCGGUACCGCCUUGUUGGCCCGCAUGGACGAGACCCCCGUGCGGCCCACAGUGGCCAGCGGAUUACUGUGAAUUAUCGAUUCGACGUCUUC